AUGAUCUUUUUGAAUCUUAAGAUUGCAAGAAUGGCGGAAGAACUAGUAUUGCUGACUUUCUGGCCAAGUGCAUUCGGGAUUAGACUGAAGAUUGCUUUGGCCGAGAAAGGGAUAAACUACGAGUACAAGGAAGAGAAUUUGUGGAACAAGAGUGAUCUGCUGCUGAAGGUGAACCCUGUUCAUAAGAAAAUCCCUGUCCUCAUCCAUAAUGGCAAACCUAUUUGUGAAUCACUCAUUCAGGUUCAGUACCUGGACGAGGUCUGGCAUGACAAAACUCCUUUGCUCCCUUCUGAUCCUUACCAAAAGGCCAUUGCUAGAUUCUGGGGUGAUUAUAUUGACAAGAAGAUAUAUGAGCAGGGGUCCCAAAUAUGUAAGACAAAGGGAGAAGAACAAGCAACGGCAAAGAAGGAAUUUAUCGACACCUUGAAGGUGUUGGAAGGGGAGCUUGGGGACAAGACUUAUUUUGGAGGAGACAACUUUGGAUAUGUGGAUAUUGCUUUGGUUGCAUUUUACGGCUGGUUUCAUGCGUACGAGAAGUGUGGGGACUUCAGCAUUGAAGAGGAGUGCCCUAAGCUGAUAGCAUGGGCUAAGAGGUGCAUGCAAAAGGACAGUGUAGCCAAGUCUCUUCCUGACCAUGAAAAAAUCUAUGAAUUUCUCCUGCAGAUGAAGGAAGCAUUAGGAUUUGAGUAA